AUGGCGCUUGGAAAACUUGGUCCAGAAGCUUUCAAGCAACUUAACACCCGCAUUAUCAUUUCCAAAAGCAUUCCAGAUGAAAAGGAAGAAGUAAAUAGACAGCUUACUGGCACCAUGAGGUGGUUCGCCGUCUUUACGACUAUUUCCUUGUGUCUUGCCGGCUGGGCAGCUUUGGUUGCGUUUGUCGUCAAAGUACCCUCGGAUAAUCAUGAUCCCGAAUGGGCAAAGUUUUUGAACGUAAUUGUUGGAGUUGAGAUAUGUGUGGCAUUGUAG